AUGUCGGAAGAAAUUCUCGACUUCAGUGGAAAUGGACCAGAAGACGUUCAAACACUUUUGACGAACUCUGAAAUGGACCCAGGACUUCUUUCUAAUGAAACAACGACAACGAUGAUGACGGAGAUUCUGAGUAGUACUACCACAACUACCAUGGCUCCGAUUCUGAUUGACUAUCAUCCAAAUCCCUACCGUAUCGGUCUUCUUGCUUUCAAAUGCCUUCUUAUCAUCCUCCUAUUCACUCUUUCAUGCACUAUCCGACGGGAUUUCUUCAAGUUCUUUGUCCUGUUCCUCAUCAUCCCACUUUUUAUUGAAUCUGGAUUUGACAUUUUCACUGAAAUUCAUUCCAGCAACGCAAUUUACGGAGCUCAGCAAUUCGAUUGGGACUACUUCAAUCUUUCUCCAAGAGAGAACAGCACGGUGACUGAUUGGCAGAAGCAUGCCGUUGAAAGUUACGGGCAGAUUCUUCAAAAGUAUACUACCUAUCAAGUAUAUACAAAGGAUCAAUUGUUCUCUAUUGUCUCGUAUGUUGCUGGUGAUUUCAUCUUCUGGAGUCUUCUUUUCUCGACAACUACCGUAUUCCAUUAUGCACACAAGGCUGUGGUUCGUCCCGAACAGAUCACUUAUGAUCCAAUUUGCAGUUCCUUCUUCAAGAUCCAGAUCCUUCCUGUUCUGUUCACUGCCAUUAACACCCUUAUCUCCUUGUAUGAAAUCCCUCAAUGGUCGUAUCUUUUCGUCCUCUUCAUUCUGAGAAUCAAUGCUUGUGUCCUCUCAUUCGUCAUCUUUACUCAACUCUUUGCAUCACUUUUCUUAUUCUGCCGCCGAAAGGAUGAAGUGACAAAGACUUCUCCUUAUGAACAUGUGAGAAAUAGCAAACUUCGUCUUUUCCUCUUUGUUCUUUUCACCAUUCUGAUUCAUGCUCUCACAGCCCCAUACCUCAUUUGGUCUGGCUUGACGAUCGCAUCUGAUGUUGGACAUCUCCUCGGAUUCAACUGGUACUUACCAAUGCACUUCGCUUCUGAAACGUUCCCUCUUCAUCUCACGUUCUUCCUUGUUCGUCCAUUCGCCUUUGCCAUUUUGGCUCUUUUCCUCUUGAACCCAUAUCGCAGACGAUUUGUCAAAUUUUUCUGUCCAUGCUGCAGAAGACAUUAG